GUCACGUGGUUCCUCCGCACAGUCCUCUCUUAGCUACCCAGGCCAGCCCCUGGGAGCCCAGCAUGAAACUGUGAUAAGUUUUAGGCACAUGCUCAGCUGAACUGUGUAAAAACAUGACCCUGGUUCUGAGCCACAAACAUGGCCCCAAACACCUGCCCAAUAUGCUGGUGCCUGCAAAGGACACCUACAAGACCAUUGGUGAUCCACACAGCUGCUGAGGAAGUGAAUGGAAGGAAGGGAUAGGGCUGUUCAGAAGGUGUGCUAUCAGGUCUAGCUGUCACUUGUGGACAUUGAUAUUUUAGACCCAUAAGUGUCCCUAUGGCUCCUUAUCACAUCCGCAAAUACCAGGAGAGUGACCGAAUACCAGUCGUGGACUUGUUCUACAAGGGCAUGGUGGAGCACAUCCCUACCACAUUCCGCCACACCUUGAUGCUGCCCCGAACCCUCGUGUUCUUAGCUGGGGUGCCACUCUGCAUUCUCCUGGUCUCUGGGUCCUGGCUGCUGGCUUUCCUGUCCAGCUUCACCCUCCUGGUUUUCCUAAGGCUCCUUGUUGGAUACCCCUGGAAGCAGUAUGUGCUCACAUGUUUGCGCACUGACAUGGCCGACAUCACCAAAACCUACCUGAGUGCAUCUGACUCCUGUUUCUGGGUUGCUGAGUCUGGGGGGCAGGUGGUGGGCACUGUGUGUGCUUUGCCUGUGGAGAAUCCACCACCAGGGAAGAAGCAGUUGCAGCUGUUUCACCUUUCAGUGGCCAUGGAGCACCGAGGAGAGGGGAUAGCGAAAGCCCUGGUCAGGACUGUCCUCCAGUUUGCCCGCGACCAGGGCUAUGGUGAAGUUGUGCUUGGCACCAGCAUGGUGCAGCAAAGUGCCCUGGCCCUCUACCUACGCAUGGGCUUCCAGGAGACCCGCCAGUCCUACUUUAACAUUAGCAUGAGGCUUGUGGCUAAUCCUAUAUUCCAUUUAACAUACCAGCUCCCAACAGCUGGGCAUGGUGGUACACAUUUGUGAUCUCUGAAUCAGUCGGGGUGGAAUUGCUGGGAGUUCAAGCGCAGCCUGGAAGGUCAGUCAGGAUCUGAAGUGUUUAACUGUACCAACAAGUCAAUCCUACAUUUAAGCAGAUAAACAAUAUAACCUCAUUGCUUGGCACAUCUGAUUCUCAUCUUUGUCAAAGUCCAGUGGAUAGCUAUGUUCCAUUGUGUCUCUGGUUUAUCUUUUCUUUAUGUAACAGCACACUAAUGUUGCAUUAAAAACAUCUGUGAAAAAAAAAUCUGUGAAAAGAUAGUUUAUUGAUGAUCCUGUGUAGUGGAGAGUGUCUGCUGGACUGAGCUGAGAUGAGCUUCUCUGCAUCUCAGGAGCUGUGCAAAUGUCCUGGGUUUGCUGGACUAGCAUGAGCAGUGGGCUUCCUCUGCUUGUGCAGGGCAGCUCAGUCAGGGUCCCGGGCACUGUAAUAGAGCCAAGUACAAUUAGAAGGGAGUAAAGGCUUUUCCAGGUGCCUGCAGUUGUUACAUCAUUCUCCCAGCCCCAUGGGGAGAAUGAAGCCAGCUAUAUGAAGAAGCUGAACCGUUUCAGAGCAAAAAGACAGAAUGUGGCUCUGUGAUUCAAAUUGUGUAAGUUACAGUACAGGCCUGUAGAGGGCCAGCAUGUCUCAGGGGAGAUAUGGCAAGGAGUGUUCCUGGCUGUUCAGUAAGCCAAUAUAGAAUCAGUGAGCAUAACAUACCUACCAGCUCUGGGAUACACUGAUUCCUCUGUCACCUAAUGUUCAUGAAUCCCCAAGUGAGUAAGUGCCUCAGGCUUAACUAUAUCAUCCUUGAAACCCUCAAUACAAGGCUGAGUUGGGGCCUGAGUCUGUUCUGAUAUUUGCAGGACUGUUCAUUUCUAAAUACUUCUUUCCAACACCAGCAUGCCCAUGAAGACUUGGCAUUUGUCACUGGGUCCCCCAAACACAGAUUCCCUCCCACCAUUGUUCAUGUGAUGUGUCAGUUGCCUCUGAUCACCUUUACCAGUUUGUUCUUAUUAGGGCUUGAGAGCCCCUCUGUGAUGGGAAGAAUCUGUGGAGUCUCCCAGACCUCCUCUUUUAGUAAAGCUCUUGUCUCCAGGAACAGUUCUACAUGAGCAUGUGUUUGGUUUGGGAUAUGAGAGAGAAGGACGGGAUGGUUCAUGUGCUUUGCAGCAUUCAUUCAAUCAAAUUCGUUCAAAAGAAAUUGUUUUGCUCAAUCCACACUGAGGUGAUGAGAUCCUUCUGGGGCUUCUGGGGUCAGAGACCAGAUGCUCUGGGCAUCCAUAAAGGAUGAGAAUGGAAAUGCUGUUACAGUGAUAUAGUGAUAGAAUAGCCUGGGAACUGGGAAGGCUAGCCAAGGCUCCAGUUCCUAACUGUUGGAUGCUCUGUCCAUGGAUGCAUCCUCUAUUCCUGGGAUCCUAGCUUCUGCUUGACAGCCUUUUUCAGCUUCCGGACUCCCACCUCAGCUGCUCUACAGCCCUCAUUCUGCAGGCUCAUAGCAUGCUGUUCUCUUGGCCUAGAAUAUUUAGCCAGUCUACCCCUUCCCACAUUUUUGGUGUGUUCAGCAACUGCAAGUUUCGCCUGGAAGGGAGAACCAUUUGGAAAGAUAUCAUGGAAGAAGGUUAUGUACUUGAUUGUGCUUUCAGUCUGAUCAUCAUUGGGAUUUGGGCCUUUUUUGCUCCGGAUGUCUUCAGUGCAGGUUUGGCUGGCUUGAGUUGUGGGGAUCGAACCACAGCAACCUGAGCCUGACUGCUUUGUUGAAGCAUCCACUUAAAGAACUGAGCUAAGGGGUAGGCCCCCGUGAUUUGGGCCUUUGACCUGCUCAGUGUGUCUGUACACUUCCUAUCACAUUGCCAGAAAGCUUCAU